AUGGGGACCACGUAUCAUCAGCUUCGCAAGCUUCCCAAGGUUCACCGACCUGACACAAUCACAUCUUGGAUUCUUGAACCUUUUGAACCUCGGAGAAAUUGUGUCCUCCAGGUAUUCAGAAUGAGGUUUUUCACCGCCACGGUGCUCGGGCUGCUCGCGCCCAGCCUGUGCGCUGCAACUAACCUUACUACGCCUAGUCGAUUGGAUCUUCCAUUCGGCUUCAAACCUCCGCAAGUUUUCAAAAACACAAAUUUGGUUCGGAAUACCAAUUUGGAAAAGAGCUAUGUGCGGGAAACAAUCAAUGUUGUUGUGGAGAAUAUCGACAAGCAGCCCCAGAACGACUACUACAUCCCCUUCCCUGCCGAGGUGUUCGACCGUGUUGCAGGCUUCGAAGCGAGGGAUAAGAAGGCCCCCGAGAAGGGACGCUUUGACGUGGACUAUACUGAAGCUGUAUCAUCUGACGGUAACCAAUACUUCGUCGUUCACCUUCCCCAGCCUCUAGCCCCGAAGGCACAGAUCACCCUUGGAAUCUCGUACUCGGUGCUUUCCUCUCUCAGCCCGCUUCCUGCGACCAUUGGACAGGCGGACAAGCAAUAUCUCACCUACUCUUUCUCCGCUUAUAUGCCAUCCGCCUACACGACGAAUACACAGAAGACCAAGUUGAAGUUCCCCAGCACCAAUGUGCCGGAUUACACAACCACUGAGGGUCUCAAGUCCGGCUCAGACCCUGAGCGCAAGGGCGCCACAUACACCUACGGCCCGUAUGACACGGCCAAGGUGGCACCGGGCACCCAGCACCCAAUUACCGUCCGUUACGAGUUCACUAAGCCCGUCAUCACGAUAAACCUUUUGGAGCGUGACUUAGAUGUCUCCCACUGGGGCGGUAACCUUGCAACCGAGGAACGGUACUGGCUGCGCAACAACGGCUCCGAGCUGACCAAGCAGUUCUCGCGUGUCGAAUGGACCUUCGCCAACUACCAGCAAGCGCCUACCUCAGCGGUUCGUGAGCUGACAUAUCCGCUUCUUCCCGGCUCUGUCGACCCUUACUUCAUUGAUGAUAUCGGCAAUGUCUCGACUAGCCGCUACCGUCCCAGCAUUGGUAAGAGUGCGGGUAGCUUGGAGCUGAAGCCCCGCUACCCAAUCUUCGGAGGCUGGAACUACAGCUUCCGUAUUGGAUGGAACAAUGACCUUGCUUCCUUCCUGCGCCAUGCCGCGGGUGUCGACUCCGAUUCCUAUGUCCUCAAGGCCCCGCUCAUUGAGGGACCUAAGAUGGCCGAGGGCAUCCAGUAUGAGCGUGUGAUUGUGCGUGUUGUUCUCCCCGAAGGUGCUCACAAUGUCCGCUUCGAGAUCCUCGAGGGAACCAACAGCAAUGGUCUUCCUGGUGUGAACCACAUUCACGCUCACUUGAGCUCUCUCAAGACUUACAUGGAUACUUUGGGCCGGACCACCUUAACCCUGGAGGUUGACAGUCUGACAGACGAGGCGCGUGACUCUAAGUUUGUGGUUACGUACGAUCACUCCAUGUUCGAUGCCUUACGCAAGCCUUUUACUAUCUUCGCGGGUAUGCUUACAGUCUUUGUCGCUGCCUGGGGCAUUGGAAAGAUCGAUGUCAGCAUCAAGAAGCGUCGUUUCCAAGGGAUCUCACCAAUCGACUUGUAUUCUGUUCGUUCCACUCUUCUCUUUCAUCAUCCCCCUCUCGCCUUUUAUCACCAUGCUUCAAAUCAAGCAGUCGCCGGACAGACCUCGUCCACCCCCGUCGAGGACAACACCCAAGAUUCCCCAUCCAAACUAAACCUGUCUGCUCCACGUAACCCCCUCGGCCCAGUGGUGGUCUUCAUCGCCCGAGCAACAAACACGGAUGACCACGACUACAAGCGCUCGACUUGGAACAACACCGAAAUGCACGCAUACCUACGUGGACUUCUGGUAAUCGCCAUCGCCGAGCACCGCAAGCGAUUCGGUCUUCUAGGCAUCCGUCCCCACAAGAUGCAGACAAUCAUCCAGCCCGCCCACACCCGAAUCUCAUCUGUUAGCCGAGUCGGCAAGUUCCUGGGAAUGGCACUGGAGGAAGCUCGCGCAUCCAAGACCGAGUGCAUCUUCGUUCUGAACGGCUGGGAUGGCUGGACAACUGACAAGAUGACCAUCGUCGAGCUCUGUGACCAGUUCCGUGACAUCCCUUUGAUUUUCCAUGUAUAUGCGAACCGAGGCACGCCUUGCGAGUUCUUCGAGGUCAACGCUCACAAGGUCAAUGCGUACCUCAAACACAUGGUUAGUGCGGAGGAUCCUUCUAUUGUUGGUGAUCGUGCGACGGCACUCUACAUUCGUAUCCUUGAGACUUUGCCUACCUUGCACCAUGCCAGGCAUUACCCUCUUAUUUCGCAGCAGGAAAAGGAUGCUCUUACCAAGUACGAUAAACGAUUUGCCGGGAUUUACGAGUUGGACGAACCCCAGAUUCCAGAGCUUGAAAAUGCAGAGCCCGAGGCUCCAAAGCCUGGCGUUUGA